AAAUGAAGCUUAGUAGCUUCCCGCCGUCAUCAGGAGUCGCUGUUCAGAUGCAGCCAGCUCGUAAAUAUCUUUUCUAUUCACAGGAUCUCCCAAAGAAAUAUUAUUUGAGGCCAGCAUGUAUGGGAAUUUAAAUGAAUUAUUUAGAUACAGUCCGUGGUUUUCAUUGGAGAUUAGUUACUUCCACACUAUAACUAUAGUUAAUACUAAACCUUCUGCUCAUCAUUACGACAUCCAUCCCUGAACCGUGUAAUCUACCAAGGAUAUUUAAUCUCAUUUACUCGAAAAAUAUUUCGAGUAAAUGAACUUGAAGGUUGAGUGACUGUUAACAGUCACUCAAACUUCAAGUUCAUUAAUAUCAACGAGUUUACAUGUUUUUAUUAUUGUUACACGUUAAAUUCCCAAUCCUUACUAUCCCUGAUGCUUACUACACUUACCACUUGAGUAUUUGUCUUGAUAAUUCCAUUCUACUUUGCUGAUAUUGCGUGGCAACUUUAUAAAAUUAGUUAUAACCAUCAGACAUGUCAGGUUCUACAUUGCUUGUAACUAACUAGAUGAGAUAACAUCCCAGAAGUAUGUUGCAAGCACCGAUUAAGAUGAUAUGAUAUUUAUUUUAAUCUGAUACAUAUUCUGGUACAACUGGGGACCCAAAAAAGUAUCCUUCACACAAAUAAAGAUGCGCUAUCAAGGUAUACAUGAUGGAAGCGCAGUGCGGUCAAAAAAUAAACAGUAAAACAAGUGUGUAAUAGGAGAUACAGCUGAAUUAUAAAUGCAACCAAAAAGACCCUUCGGUUGAGUAGGUUCUAUUGCCCCGUCUUUCAGAGCUGCUUCCAGAAUGUCAUCAAUAACAAGCUGAAGAAUAAAGCGGAUCGGGCAGGACUAUCCGAUCUCACUUAUGAAUUAAAACGAUUAAGAGGUGAUUGUACGCCCUUACUUUGCUUAAGUUGUUUGUGCACGGAGUAUUCUAAAUGUUGUCAAACUUCUCAGACACCUCUUCAACACACAAUUACGGAGCAGUUCUGUUCAAUAAAUAGAAAACACCUGAUAUCAAUAAGCACGGCAGUUGUUAGCCUUAAGCGUGAUGGUCAAUAAAUCCACGACCUAGUCGAAAAUAACCUACUCCUCAUGAGUCAAUCUUCCACAGGCUCUGAACAAUCUGAAAAGUAUAACGGAAGCCAGUAAUAUGGGUACGAUUGAGAGUGAACUUAUCCCACACUAGUCGUUACAUGGAUUAUACAGACCAUAAAGAUAGAGACGACGGUCGUUUUAUUUCAUGAUUUGAAAAACUCAGACUUUUUAAAACAAUCUUGUUAGCUCCCUGACCAAAAAUUCGCUACUUCCCUCUGAAAGGGCCGGGAGUAGGUCGUUUGGUCUAAAUUAACUCGUGACAGAAACGUCUCAAAUCGACAGGUGGUGAUUAAAUCUAGAGUAUCCUCCCCAGAAUGUCAGAGAUGUAGUGUACGAAAUCAUGGAUUUCUAGAAGUAAAAAUUGAAGGCAAUUAGUCCUUCCUUAUUUUUAGAGAAUAUUUCUCAUGAUUUUGAUAUAAUUUUUUAGUGUAAAUCGGUGAACACUAGUGAAUAUCGAUCGAGUAUUUUAAGCAUAUACUGGCUUUCGAUCUAUGAUCAGGUCAUCAAGACUAGCUAGUCACGUGUUGCGUCUACAGUACUGCCAUUCUACUUCAAUAUAAACAUAAAUACCUGCUAAUCUUUGGUGAGCAUUUCUCAUAUAGUAGGUGUUAAAGACGUCAAAUAUUGUUGAGGCUCCUCAAGGACAUGUACGAAACCACAUUUCGUCAACUUUUUUUCGAUAGUUCAGGUGGAUUGAUUUGUCUCAGGGAAUAAAUAUUCUGGAGUGUCUCUUUGGAACGGAAUUGCUUGUUGGGAUCGAUAAUCUUCAUUUAGAUCAUUGAGUUGGGUUGGUCAGUCAAGUUUUUGUUGCGAUAAAGAUCCGUGAGCAAAGUAUAAAGAGAAACGACCACUAGUCGGUUCGAGUCAUAUGAAACCUACAGAUCGACUUUUAAGUAGUUAUUAUUGUGUUUAUAUUACCAUUUUAGUUCAUCAUAUGUUUUAAAAAUAUUGUCAUAACUACUCGAGCGAGUAACUUUUUGAUGUCGCAAACAUUUUUACGAAGAUGCUUCUACAAUUAUUUGUUAGUUUUUUUAUUUUUUGUUCACAGCCUAAUGUACGAUGUUUAGUCGGGUUGUAUGGUUCUCUUAAGGAUUCCAGCUUUGAAAACCUCAGUCGACUAGUAGAAGAAGAUCGAGAUGAACAAGAGAUUUUGCGAUAUGCGAUAAGUCACGAAGAGUCUGAUGAGGUUCGAUUUUUAGUUGGAUCUCAGUCUCUGAAGCCACAAGGUAGUCAGAUCACUUUGGUAACACUUGUGGAGUCAUUAGAUAUCGACUUAAAAAAACAGACUUUUGCACAUCCGAAUGGAGAGGUUACUUCAUUGGUUACACUGGCAUCUAAACCAGAUUGCUUUAUAUCAGUGUCAGCAUCGUAUUCAAAUGAGCGACCAGAACUUCGUAAUGGUGCUCGACUUUGGAGAAUACCUAAUCAUAACGAAAAUUUAUUAGACGAUGCUAUGAUUGAAUCAAAUCUAUCAAAAUCACCAAUAGAUAACAAUAAUUCAUCUACAGCGAAUAAUUCAUUGGAUUAUGUAACUACACUACCAUUAGAUAAAUAUCAUAGCAUCAAAAGGAUUACAUCACAUCCGUCUAGUACGUGCUGUGAUUUAGCCUGUGUUGUCGGACCACCUAUUGAAAUGCCUGGUUCAGCUGCUUAUUCUUCCCUCGUAACCACUGCAACGACAAGCUAUUUAGUCAUACUUCAAACUCCAUCAUAUUCAAAUUCUAGUGAUUAUCAAAUCAGUACAAGUGUACAGUUAUAUUUACCACCUUCAUCUCCAAGUGAUAGCUUACGUACAAAUAUAAAGUCAUCAACUGGUUGUUUAUCGACUACUGCAUCACCUAACGCUAUUCGUUGGUCUCCACAUGAACAUUCAAAUCAACUUGCGAUAGCUUUUGAUAAUGGUAUAUUAGGAUGGGAUGUUCGAUGUAUGAAGCCUAGUUUCUGGAUGGAAAAUGCCCAUUGGCCAUGUGUUAGAGAUAUUGAUUACAAUCCUCAUCGUCCUAAUCUGUUAGUAUCUGGUGGAGAUGAUGGAAUCAUGAGACUUUGGGAUCUUCGCUAUUUACGCACAAGAUAUCGCUGUCUGUCCACCACUGCCGCUGUUUCAGUAAAAAACACAGCUAUUUCAAAUGCAUCUGAAAGAAUUAUGCAAUACGGCACGGAACCAACUGUUCAGCCUUUGUUCUCAAUCGCAUCUCACUCUCAUUGGAUUUGGUCAGUACGCUAUCACCCUACACGAGACCAACUUGUUCUCUCUUCAGGAAGUGAUGGUCGUGUUUGUCUAUACAACUUACCUAGCUAUUCGUCUGAUGCUCUUCUUAGUAUUGACAUGAAUCAACAAUCGACUAAUGGUCAUAGUCAAAUAGAAUUUCAAGAUGAACCUGAUGACCAUUCAUCUUGUUCUCAUGAAGGCGAAAUUGACAGAAACGAAGACGGUUUGAUCGCUCGUCUGGAACAACAUGAAGAAAGUGUAUAUACAGCUGAGUGGAGUCCAGUAGAUGCAUGGUAUUUCGCAUCGAUCAGUUAUGAUGGCAAUUUUCUUAUAAAUCGUGUUCCAGAUCAAAUCAAAUUAAAUAUUUUAUUACAAUCUAAUGAUUACUAAAUUAUUUGUUUUCUCUGCAUCCUGGUAUUGCUUUUAUCGUUUUGCAUUUUGUUUUUCUCAUAACAAUCCUUAAUUAAUUUGGCUGUGAUAAUUAUUUGGUCAACUUUUGUAUCAGUUUCACUAAUAAAUAUGGAUGUUUAUUGAC